AUGGGAAUCAAACUAUCAAUUUCAUUACUUAUUUUUCUGUUCUUGAGUUUUGCAAAUUUUGGCUCAGUUUUAAUUGAUGGAUCGCCGAUUGCACCAGCAUUAUACGUGUUUGGGGAUUCUUUGUUUGAUAGUGGUAACAAUAAUUUCUUGCCAACUUUAGCAAAGGCAGAUUUCCUGCCCUAUGGUGUCAAUUUUGCGAAGGGUGUCACCGGAAGAUUUACCAACGGUAAAACAGUAGCGGAUUUUAUAGCUGAGUUUCUUGGGCUACCAUACGCUCCACCAUGCUUGAGCAUACACAAAUCGACAAUACUUACCGGCCUGAAUUAUGCAUCUGGGUCUUGUGGCAUUCUCCCGGAAACCGGAAGCCGAUUGGGGAAGUGCUUGAAUCUGAAAGAGCAGAUGGAUUUGUUUGAAAAAACGGUGAGGUCAGACUUGUCAGGACAUUUCAAAAAUCCCAAUGAUCUUGCGGAGUACUUGUCCAAGUCCAUAUUUAUAGUUUCUGUAGGCAACAAUGAUUUUCUUAAUAAUUACCUUCAACCUAAACUCUAUAACACAAGCAAACGCUACCCUCCUCCACAGUUUGCACAACUCUUGAUGGGUGAUCUUUCUCACCAUUUUGAGAGAUUAUAUAACUUAGGAGCCAGGAAAAUAGUUAUGUUUGAAAUUGGUCCCCUUGGUUGCACCCCAUCAAUUGCAAAGACACAAAACCAUAGUGGAAACUGUGCGGAAGGAACAAACAAGCUCGCCUCGAUUUUUAACGACAAACUUCGUGCAACUCUCGCAAAUUUAACUUUCACUUUUCAAGGAUCUUUAUUUGUUCUCGGUCGAGCUAACGGGAUCGGCUAUGAUGCAAUUACAAGUCCCCUCAAAUAUGGCCUCGAGGACGGAAGCAAUCCAUGCUGCACAACUUGGAACAAUGGGACAUCGGCAUGUAUUCCAUGGGCUAAACCAUGCUUUCAACCAAAUAGUCACUUCUUCUGGGACGCUUUUCAUCUUACUGAAUCUGCUAGUUCAGUCAUAGCAACUGGCUGUUUCAAUGAUACAACUGUUUGCACUCCACUAAACAUCAAGAAACUUGUACAAGUGUAA